UGAACGCUGAGGCGGUGUAUUUCUACGAGUCCAAUAUUUUUCGUUCUUCGUUCCUGCAUGUGAUUUCGCAUUGAGACAUUCUUGCUACGUACUUCUUUGUUGGUUGGUUUAUCUUACUAUGGCUGCUGUUGUUAAUGGCGUUCCUGUCGCUAUACCGCCACCCGAAGGAUACAAGGUCGAUUUCGAUAACCCGCAACGGAACAGUGUUACUGAAGCAUACUGGCUUUAUGGCGUUGGGAAUUUCUUGACAGUAUUGUUCAUUGCACAGAGAGUAUAUGUAAGAUGUUUUAUACAUAAGACAAUACGAAUAGAGGAUGCAUGUUUAGGGGUAGCAUAUGUGUUUUCUGUAGUACUUCAGACCCUGAUACUAAGGGACUUUAUCCGCGGCAUAAUGGGCACCCACGGCUGGGAGAUGCCAAUAACCAAGUUCGCCCUCUUCGCACGAGCCCUCUACCUCCUACCAAUCCUCUACAACCCCGUCCAAUGCGGCGCAAAGAUGGCUUUGCUUCUCGUCUACCGUCGGCUUGCACCACAAAAAUGGUUUCAUUUUACAAUCUGGGCUACAUCGUUUGUGGUGAUUGGCUCCUCGAUUGCGAUUACGUUUACAACAAUCUUUCCGUGCAAACCUGUAAGAGCGGGCUGGGACAUCACAAUCACCGAUAAGAAGUGCAUUGAUCGGCCAGCUGUUUAUCAGGCUACGGCUAUAAUGGGUGCGAUUACAGAUGCCAUGGUGCUUGCGGUGCCUAUACCUGUUGUCAUACCACUACAGAUUUCGAGAAGACAGAAGAUUGGGUUGAUUUGCUUCUUUGGUGUUGGUGGAGUUACUGUCUUUACAUCAAUCAUGAGACUAAUUGCAUUGAUCCGGUCCAUGGGUAACGUCGACCAAUCUUGGGGUGGGGGCCCUGUUCUUCUUUGGAUGUAAGUCAUCUCCUCCUAUUUCACGUUUCCUCUAACCAGUCCAGCUUUGCCGAAGCCAACCUCUCCAUCAUUUGCGCAACCCUUACAACAGUCAAACCAUUCAUCAAACACAUCUCCCCAAGAAUCCUUGGCUCAUCAUACGGAGCAUCAAAGGCCGGCAUGUCAAACCCAAGUGCACCACCAACCAUUGGGGCCAUAUCCACUGGCGGUAUGCCCAGACAUGACCACUAUGAACGAUUUGACGAUGGGCCAAUGUAUCCAUUGCAAACCGUUACCAAGUCAGAGGCAUCAAAAAGUCACGAGAACAAGAAUGGAGGAUCACGUUCGGUAACACGACCAAUGUCAGGGGAUAGUCAGGGAGAUUAGGAUUCUGAAAAGGCGAUUCUGCAGACACGGACUACGACAGUGACCUAUUCUUGAAGACGGUUCCUAUUGGCACUUUGGGAGAAUUAGAUAUAUGACAGAGUUUGUGGCAUAGAUAAAAUAAUGUAAGGCUAGAGUGGCAUUUGUAUGAAAAUUUAAGUUCUUGUCUCGUUGCUGAGCUAACAAUGGCGGAUCUUUGACGGAUAAAGCCUCGGUCUUCACUCACGAUUACAUAGGGAACGGUAGGAUAAAGAAUAGUACAUAUGUCGGAUAGGAAACGUCAGGCUUGUACAAACAGUGGUGUAACAGUUUGAUAGUCUACAGCAACACCUCAAACCUUCGACUCUC